UGGAGUGAGGGUAGCUGCGGCGACUGCGGGCGGCCGCUGGACUUAGUCGGGCCGGCCAUGGCGGUGUGGACGCGGGCCACCAAAGCGGGGCUGGUGGAGCUGCUCCUGAGGGAACGAUGGGUCCGGGUGGUGGCCGAACUGAGCGGGGAGAGCCUGAGCCUGACGGGCGACGCCGCGGGGGUCGAGUCCGAGGCGUCUCUGGGGCCGGCGGCGGCCGCUUUCAACGGCCUCCCGAACGGCGGCGGCGGCGGCGGCGGCGCGGGCGACUCGCUGCCGGGGAGUCCGAGCCGCGGCCUGGGGCCCCCGAGCCCGCCCGCGCCACCCCGGGGCCCCGCGGGCGGCGAGGCGAGCGCGUCGCCGCCCGUGCGCCGUGUCCGAGUGGUGAAGCAGGAGGCGGGCGGCCUGGGCAUCAGCAUCAAAGGUGGCCGCGAGAACCGGAUGCCGAUCCUCAUCUCCAAGAUCUUCCCGGGGCUGGCGGCCGACCAGAGCCGGGCGCUGCGGCUGGGCGACGCCAUCCUGUCGGUGAACGGCACGGACCUGCGCCAGGCCACCCACGACCAGGCUGUGCAGGCGCUGAAGCGAGCCGGCAAGGAGGUGCUGCUGGAGGUCAAGUUCAUCCGAGAAGUAACACCAUAUAUCAAGAAGCCAUCCUUAGUAUCAGAUCUGCCAUGGGAAGGUGCAUCUCCCCAGUCACCAAGCUUUAGUGGCAGUGAGGACUCUGGUUCUCCAAAGCACCAGAACAGCACCAAGGACAGGAAGGUCAUCCCUCUCAAAAUGUGCUUUGCUGCUAGAAACCUAAGCAUGCCAGAUCUGGAAAACAGAUUGAUAGAGCUCCAUUCUCCUGAUAGCAGGAACACCUUGAUCCUACGCUGCAAGGAUACAGCCACAGCACACUCCUGGUUCGUAGCUAUCCACACCAACAUAAUGGCUCUCCUCCCACAGGUGUUGGCUGAACUCAAUGCCAUGCUUGGUGCAAGCAGUACAGCAGGAGGGAGCAAAGAAAUUAAGCACAUUGCCUGGCUGGCAGAACAGGCAAAGCUAGAUGGUGGAAGACAGCAAUGGAGACCUGUUCUCAUGGCUGUGACUGAGAAGGAUUUACUGCUUUAUGACUGUAUGCCAUGGACAAGAGAUGCCUGGGCAUCACCAUGUCAUAGCUACGCUCUUGUUGCCACAAGGUUGGUUCAUUCUGGCUCUGGGUGUCGGUCACCCUCCCUUGGCUCUGACCUUACCUUUGCUACCAGGACUGGCUCUCGGCAGGGCAUUGAGAUGCAUCUCUUCAGGGUGGAAACACAUCGGGAUCUGUCCACCUGGACCAGGAUUCUUGUUCAGGGUUGUCAUGCAGCUGCUGAGCUGAUCAAGGAAGUCUCCCUAGACCAUGGACCUGCACUCCUGUCCAAAGCCGAUUGUAUUUGUGUUGCACACAUUCUUGUCGGCCAAAGUCACUCGAAUGGGACUGCUUGUAUGAGCAGCAGAAAACAUCAGGAAAUAGUUUUGACUCUCAUAAGAAGUAUUUCCACCUCAAAAAAAAAAAAAAAAGAAAAGAAAAGAAAAAAGAAGCACAAGAAGAAGAAAGCUCUUGGCUGUCCUCCAGCACAGUGCCUUCCCAAGGACCUGCAAACCACUGCUGAACCUAACUGGCUUGAAACAAGAGCUGACAUUUACCACGCUAUCUGGCUGGAAAUUCUUGGACUCUUAAUAAUCUCUAAAAUGAAGCUGUUGAUUUUUAUCGUCCUGUUUUAUAAUGUGGUUUCUCAGUAAUUAGGUUUAUUUCCCCUGUUAUAAA